AUGAUCGGGAAAUCCACCCCAGAAUAUGUGUUCAUUCGUUGUAGCAUUCUUUUUCUACAUAACAUCGCUCCUGUUAGUGUGCUCUACUGUAUUCUACUUGUGUUCAGUCAAUCGAUCCUACCAGGCAUUCAGCUGCAUCGCGUUCCCCUACCGAUUCAAAUAUGGCUUGCAGCAGAGGCGAUUUUCUUUUCCAUAAUCUUUCUCCCACAUAAGUACCUUCUAAGUCGCUCGACCAUUGAUAUUGAGCCGAUCGCAGAAACGGAGAGAGAUGAGCUCUUCAGACGUUGCAGCAUGAACAUUCCAGAAAUGGAACGGUUCCUCAAGGGAUGGUUUGUGGUUUCAGAGAUCGAUGAGAUCAGAAGAGAGAAUGUUAAAGGUUUUAUUCGAUGGGGAUUCUUCAAUAACUUACCUGGAGGCAGGGAGACAGAGGAUGAUAUCGAGUCAUAUACAAGACAGUUGGAGGAGUUACAAGGUCGACGGUUCCCUCCAGGGAAAAACAGUAGCUUGGAACACUUGGGACAAAGACUCGAAAAAACUGAUGGCUUACAUCGAAGUCUUCUCUGGUAUCUGGUCAUCUUUGUUGUUGACGCCAUCACCUAUUCCUCAAUGAUGUACAAUGGUUUCUCAUUCUACAGAACGACUCUCACCCGCUUUUUCAGAGUCUUCCCUCUGCGCCCUUACACUCUCUUCUCCUCUAGGAAGUCUCCAGCACCACAUCUUACCUACUGGUAUCGCGAGCAUAAAGCAAAGGACCGAUUACCGGUAUUAUUCCUCCAUGGAAUCGGUGUUGGUUUAUGGCCUUACACAAAGUUUUUGGGCGAGCUGAUCAGAGAUGGAAAGAACGAAGACAUCGGCAUCAUUGCUCUUGAGAUGAUGCCCAUAAGCUCUCGAAUGACCCAGCCGGCCACCAAAAAGGAUCAGAUGGUAUCUGAGAUCCACGCCAUUCUCAAAAAGCACCGUUGGGAUAAAGUUGUUCUGGUAUCGCACUCCUACGGGACGGUCGUCGCUACGCAUCUGAUCAAGUCGCCCGUCACGGCCCCAUACGUUGGCCCCGCCGUGUUUAUUGACCCCGUAUGCUUCCUCCUCCAUCUGCCAGAUGUUGCAUACAAUUUUACCGUUCGCAAGCCGGUACAUGCAAAUGAGCAUCAGUUAUGGUACUUCGCGAGCAAGGAUAUGGGAGUAGCACAUACCUUAGCCAAACGGUUCUCAUGGAGCGAUAACAUAAUCUGGAAGGAAGACCUCGGUGUGGAAGAAGCACGACCCAGUCGAAAGAAAGGAAGGAAAGUCACCGUGGCUCUCAGUGGCCAAGAUUUGAUCGUGGAUUCUGAGGCCGUGGGCCAAUACCUCCAAUCCACGACAGAGAAAGUGGCAAAGCAGCAUUCACGGUUAUCAAUAGGUUAUCCUGAAAGAGACCCGUCAUCAUGGAAAAGGAGACAGUGGCAGGGGUCUGGCCUUGAAAUUCUUUGGUACGAUGCUUUGGAUCACGCUCAGGUUUUUGAUUCCAGAGAGACCCGGCUGCCAAUCAUUAAAGCUAUCACUUUAUACUCGCUGACUGGAUAG